AUGGACGUAUCAACGCAAACACGGUGCCAAGUGUUGAGAAAACACUUCUCGCAACAAACCAGAGGAGAGGCAGGAUGGGACGGACAAGAGGAGAGAGGAGAGGAGGAGGUAGAAAGGUUCGAGAGGAUGAGUGGAAAGCGAAUAAGACAAAGACUCGGAGGAAAGAAAAAGAAGGCGCUCACUCAAAAUUCCGAUACUCAAACCCAGGGCGCAAAGAGCAAAGGGACGCAAACGUUCGUAUGGCGACUAAUGAACGUCGAUUUAGAGAAACGCCAUCAACCAAGCCGGGGCCGAGCCCUCGAGCAAAUAACCAGGCAUAGGCAACAUGAACAAAUCUGCUCCGAAAUGGCCUUGCCUAAAAUGGUGUCGCCAAUGUCCGAUGAUUCUCCACCAUCCAAGCCGACCAAAGAGGAACAAAUAAAACAAAAAAGGGAAGAGGAAGCUGAGAAGAGAAAAAGAUAUAAGACUGAAGUCGAGAAGAAUGAAGAGGAAUGGAAGACGUGGAAAAUAGGAGAGUUCGUAUGGACCAAUAAGAAAGAGGGCUCCGAAAACAUAGAGAGGAAGGAAGUGAUUCGAAAGAAAAAUGAUGCAAAGAAAGAAGAAGACAAUGGACGGGACAAGAAACAGACGACCAUGAGGCUGUUGAAAAAGAUUGGUGUCCAGCAAAAAGAAACCAUCAAUAAAAAAGGAACAAAACCCCAAGAGAAAGAGGAAACAAACGCGAAAGGGAGACAAAUUACGAGAGAAGGAAACAACAACGAAAAGUUAAGAAAGGAGACGGACGUCAUCAAAAACUGCUCAAAUCAUCGUUAUGAAACGCUCCAAGAUAGAAAGUGGAUCAACGAUGAGGUAAUAAAUGAUUACCUGGUACUAAUUGCCGAACAAAACAAGGAUAGAAAAGUUCAUUGUAUGAGCUCUUUCUUUUAUGAGCGCCUGCGAAUAGGAGGACACAUUUCGGUGAAAAGAUGGACAAGGAAAACAAGCCUUUUUACAUUCGAUUUGAUCCUGAUACCGCUCCACUUCGGGAACCACUGGUGCUUGGCGACAAUUGAUCUGGAAGAAAAAACCAUCAGCUUCUACGACAGUCUGCUUGGAAAGGAUAAAGGCUGUCUGGUAAUACUCUUCCAGUAUUUAAUCGAUGAGGCUAAGGAAAAACAGCAAAAAAAUUUUCUCCCAGGAGAAUGGAAUUUGAUCAUAAAAAAGGAGAUUCCAAGGCAGACGAACGACUACGAUUGUGGAGUUUUUGCUUGCCUAUCUGCCAAAUACGUAGCUGCACACCGCGAAUUCGAUUUCGACCAAACAAAUAUUAGUGAUAAACGAAAACAAAUCUCAGAAGAACUAAAAAACGGAGAAUUGAUCUAUUAG